UUUUUUUUUUUUUUUUUUUUUGCGCUGCUGAAAAGACCUGAUUCGUCGAAAACACAAAUCCUCAUGAUGGAGACGCGAGAUGACAAACAUCAGACGAGAUUCUUCUUGAAUCAGCUACCCGGCAAUCACAGUCAUCCUGUGUCUCCACCAGUUCAAGCAGGCAUGCAUGCCAUUUCUUACCUGAGCAUGCAGGCGAGCAGCUGGUCGGCGUGGAACUGCGUCGUCUUCGCGUACCCAGUACAUGCAAGCGCACUAUUAUGGAGUAUUGGCAUCGAGUUCCUAGCUGUACUUUUUUCAUGUAAGACACAAGAAGCGAGCACGGCCCAAGAAGUCAAGGGCCAAGGCCAGGCUUGGGUGCAUGUAUUCUCGGGAAGUUUGAUAGGGACCCCGUCAAGGGACAUUUUCCCAUCGCCCAUCUACCGAGUUAGGAAAAACUUGGCAAUUGCGACGAGGCUUGCAUAUCCAGGUUUCCCUCUUACUUCUUGGGCGGCUGAAAUUCAAGCUCAACGAGAUUGACGGCCGCGGCUCCAUAGAUAGGGCAAGUCUCUGUAAAUUACCGCCCCGGAAAAUCCCAGCAUAGAAGCCUUUUACCCAGGGGAGGGCGGACCUUGAUGGACACUGUAUAAUAUGGGAAGAAGUCGAUCCAGGUAUACAUAACUAGGUGUCAACCCGGCAGUAUAGGCGAAUUUGAUGCCAAGUGGCAC